UGCCGACUAGAUCAAGGUACGUACAUCAAGUAACAUCUUACCUUAUCUAACCCGAGAUUCACCUGCCUUCGGUUAGGUAAUCGACCCAUUGUAACUAUUGUAACUAUUGUAACUAUCGAUAAGGGUAUGAAGCAAACGCUAAUAACCAAUUCAAGCUAAGCGACUAAUGAAGUUGGACCGUUAUUCCUUGUAGCCCCACCCCGAGGUAGCGCAGUUGCUGUGGCCACGAGUGGGUUUGUUGACUACAUACACGCAAUGUUACAUAAGAUACAAAAAAGACCACUGAAACUUGCCCUACGGUGAAGUAUCUACUGGGGUGUCCUGUGCAAUUGCUGGGAUCCAUCACAUGGAUGGCCAUUUUCUGAUUUUCCUUUCUUUUCCUGCCCAUGCCUGUGCAGUUUCCAGAACCAUUCCCAGAACCUAAUUCCCAGAACCCAAUUCUUCGUCCAACAACAAGCAGCAGCAAGAUAAUCAAUCCUCCAAAAGAAAUAAUCAUCCCCCCCCCUCUCAAGUCCCAAAGCUGGAGCAGCAUCAAGUAGCUCUAGCUUAUCCCACCCCCAAUUCCCUCCAAUAGCUUUGACUUUCCAAAUUUCUUUAGCUUCUUUCUUACUUUUGUUGUCUAUGGCAUAGUCAUAAAUCAUUAAACCCCCCAAUAGUGCCUCGCAAUUCAGUUCACUAUGGCAGAAUCUAUCAGUGAUCAGUACGAAACUUUAGAGAAGAUAGGACAUGGCUCCUUCGGCGUCAUUCGCAAGGUCCGACGAAAGGCAGACGGCAAGAUCCUCUGCCGAAAGGAGAUCAGCUACCUGAAAAUGUCGCAAAAGGAACGUGAACAGCUUCAUGCGGAGUUUCAGAUCCUCUCUACCCUUCGACACCCCAACAUUGUUGGUUACUACCAUCGCGAACAUCUCAAACAGACUCAGGACUUGUAUCUUUAUAUGGAAUAUUGUGGUAAUGGCGACCUCGGCCGGGUGAUUAAGGGUCUAAUAAGCCGGAAAGAGUACGCCGAAGAACAAUUCGUAUGGGAGAUAUUCUCACAAUUGAUCACCGCCUUGUACCGGUGUCAUUACGGUGUAAACCCUCCGUCGGUGGGCAAGAAUGUCCUUGAGAUAGUGACCAUGGGCAAGACGAAGGCGCCACAAGGAGCUGUGACAAUUCUCCACCGAGAUCUGAAGCCUGAGAACGUCUUCCUCGGAGAGAACAAUUCUGUCAAGCUUGGCGACUUUGGUCUAUCCAAGAUGAUACAGUCGCACGAUUUUGCGUCAACAUACGUUGGAACCCCGUUCUACAUGUCUCCCGAGAUAUGCGCCGCCGAGAGGUAUACUCUCAAGUCAGACAUCUGGUCACUGGGCUGCAUAAUAUACGAGCUCUGCGCGCGUGAACCUCCAUUCAAUGCCAAAACUCACUUUCAGCUCGUUCAAAAGAUCAAGGAGGGAAAGGUCCCACCACUUCCUAGAGUUUACUCAGGAGAGCUUAUGGCCGUUAUUAAAGAUUGUCUCAGAGUCAAUCCGGAUCAACGCCCCGAUACGGCAACUUUGCUUAACCUUCCGGUUGUGCGUCUAAUGCGCAAAGAACGGGAGGCCGUAGAGUUCAAGAUGGAGUUAGAAUCGCGCAAUAACGUGCUGAGCAAUAAGCUGAAGCAAGUCGAAGAAAAGCUGGCCAGCCUUGAAGCUGAUAAGUUGAACUAUCGACAAGAGAUCGACUCUCAACUGCGACGCGAAUGGGAGGUCAAAGCCCGAUUAGAAAUUGACCGACUUGUAAAUGAGGAAAUUGAACAACUCCAACGACGCUUCGAAGCCGAAGUAGAAGCACGAGUACAAGAAGAAUUACAAAAGAAGAGAGUCUCAUUUGGGCCAGUCGAGACUCACGAAUUCACAUCAUCACAAGUAUCCAGGAAUAAUUUCUUCCUGUCCAUGGCCGGUAGUACCGACAGCGAGUUCCCCUCUACCACAGAUAUUACCGAAUUCUCCGUUAACUCUCCCGAAGAACAACCUCUUAAGCGCAGUCUACGUGCGCCAUUUGGCCGCGCUCAAACCAUGUUCGAGCGAAAUCCCGGAACGCCCAUGUCAAUGGACGUCGACAUGGCAUCCCCAUCCCCGAUGGUUGCCAUUGCAUCCUUGUCCCUAUCACCACGACGAAACAUCGCUACUAAGGCUCCAACCGCAAACAAGCCACCCAUAUUUGACCCCGAGGACGACGAAGACCUCCGAGGCAGGAGAGAUAUAUUCUCAUCCGAUUCCGAUGACGACGAUGACCACAUCAUCCCAUCUCCCACUCGCCCGCCACGAUCACACAAGAACCCCUUUGGGCCCCAACGCCCGAUUCUCCCAUCUACGAAGACAGCCCCUAUUAAUCGCCUAAGAAACCAAAACGCCAUGGGCCUUAACAAGCCAAGUCCGCCCCUACCCACUUCUGCCCCCGAGUUCCGCAUUCGUACCCAGCCCAGCAACGGAGCCUUGAGAGAGAAGGGCGACUCUCCCAACCGACGGCUCAGCAAGAUCCCCUCGGUUGCGAACCUCAGCAUGCAAAACGCGGAGAACGGCGGACAGCGUAAGACGUCGCUAAAGAAGGACCCCGAACCCACGACCACCAAGGUGGUCACGAAGAACAAUAUCAAGGGCCGAACUCUCGUCGAGCUCCAGCAGGCCCGGGCCGGCGGUCGACCCGUGGAGUCCAUGAAUGUUAGCCCCAAGCGUAGCUCCAAGGACCGAUUCGCCGAGCCGGCCGUGUGGGAUCCGGAGAGGGACGAGAUGCCCAGUCCGUUCCUGGUGCGGAAGAAGCAGCCGUCGAGGGUAUAGGCUACCUGGUGAACAAAAAAAGAAAAGGGAAUUAAAAAGGAAGAAUGAAAGAAA